AUGGGUAGCUGGUGGAAAAACUGGCAGCGAGACCGCUCGCAGAUCCCUGAGGUCGUGAUCCCUCUGGCCGAUGCCCCCAAUACGACUCCCCAAACGGAGAAGGAUGCCGAAUCCAAUGUCAACAGCUUAGAUUCCCAGGAAAAGGGUGCUGCUUCCGCACCCGAAAGCACUACGCUAACCCUCGAGGCCCUGCGUGCAGAAGUCGACUCUGCCGUCUCUGCAUCGGGCCAUAACUCUGUUUAUGAUCGCAAGGCCAAGAUUAUCAACAAGGCCAUCCAAGAUAUCGGCAUGGGCCGUUAUCAGUGGGAACUUUAUAUGCUGUGUGGAUUCGGUUGGACUGCUGACAACCUUUGGCUACAGGGAGUUGCCCUGACCCUAACCCCCUUGUCUAUGGAAUUCGGCAUCUCCGAAUCCUACGUUCGUUUUACUACUUGCGCCUUGUUUGUUGGUCUGAUCGUUGGCGCCACUUUCUGGGGUCUUGCAUCUGAUAUGAUUGGACGUCGAUUGGCCUUCAACACAACUCUUUUCUUGUGUGGUGCCUUUGGUCUUGCAUCGGGAGGUGGUCCCAGCUGGGUUGGUACCUGUGCUCUCUAUGCUUGCUUGGGAUUGGGAGUAGGUGGUAAUCUACCAGUCGAUGCUGCCAUCUUCCUCGAGUUCUUGCCCGGUGCUUCAGGAAACAUCUUGAGUUCACUUGCCACAUUCUGGUCGGUGGGUACCUUCAUUGCCAGUAUGCUGGCCUGGGCUUUCAUCCCCAACUACUCUUGCUCCGACUCGAGCAACUGCACCAAGGAAAACAACAUGGGCUGGAGAUACCUUGUUCUUUCUCUGGGUGCCAUCACCAUAGUGUUCUGGAUGUGUCGAUUCUUCUUUUUCAAGCUGUACGAAUCGCCCAAGUUCCUCGUCGCCAAGGGCCGGGAUGAGGACGCUGUCGCAGCUAUUCACGGAGUCGCCUAUCACAACAAGAAGAAGACCUGGCUCACGGUGGAGAUCUUGCAAGAGAUCGGCGGAGCUGCCGAGGAUAGCAAGGAACAGAACCUUUCCUCCACGCAAAUUCUGAAGCGCUCGCUGUCCAAGUUCUCCGUGCAGCAGAUCGGACCAUUGUUCUCGUCCAAGCGUCUUGGAAUCACCACCGCCCUCAUCUGGCUCUGCUGGACCACCAUUGGCAUGGGAUACACCCUCUUCAACGCCUUCCUGCCCCAAUACCUCGGCUCCUCGUCUUCCGUAUACAUCACCUACCGUAACUACGCUAUCACCUCUGUGACCGGACUUUUCGGCCCUAUUCUGGCCCGCUACAUGGUCGACAUCAAGUACGUCGGUCGGAAAGGUACAAUGGCCCUGUCGACAUUGAUCACUGCCGUCCUGCUCUUCUGCUUCACGGCCGCGAAGACAUCCGACACUCAACUCGUUUGCUCGGCUCUCGAAUCCUUCACCCAGAUGAUCAUGUACGGUGUGCUGUACGCCUACACCCCAGAGGUCUUCCCCGCUCCUAACCGCGGUACCGGCUCGGGUAUUGCUAGUUGCUUGAACCGCAUCGCUGGAUUCUGCGCCCCUAUCAUUGGUAUCUAUGCUUCUGCGAACCCCAGUGCGCCCAUCUAUGCUUCGGGUGCGCUGUUAUUGGCUUCGUUCGUGGCGAUGGUGCUGCUGCCAAUUGAGACUGCUGGUAAGCAGAGUUUGUAGACAUGUGACUGUCGGAGAUGUGUACAUGAUAGAGCUUGGGAAGAUUGAGAUGUCUUUCGGUUGAUACCACUGUUGUUAUGUAUCUAUAUGAUGUUGUUAUGACCGAGAUAGCGUGCAUGAUUGGAUUUUUGGUAGAGAGGAUAGAAGAAUAGAUGGACCAUGAUUUG